AUGUCUUCACAUGCAUUGACAGUCCUAUCUGCUAUAAUAGGUUGGGCUUACUUUGUAUGUUGGUCAUUAUCAUUUUAUCCACAAGUAAUUCUAAACUAUAAAAGGAAGUCAGUAAUAGGUUUAUCAUUUGAUUACUUGUUAUUUAACAUUACAGGUUAUAUAUGUUACUCGAUAUACAAUUGUGUUGUUUACUGGAGUCCUGUCGUCAGAGCUGAGUACCUACAUAAGUUUGGUCCACCAAUCCCUGUACAACCUAACGACAUUGCAUUCUCACUUCAUGCUUUGUUAUUGACGAUCAUAACGAUUGGACAGUGUUUGAUAUAUGAACGUCGCGAUCAAAAGAACUCGAUAUAUUCAAUAUUGAUAGGUAUUGGAAUAUGGAUAUCGAUCAUUAUUGUGCUGGGCAUAGGUGGUGGAGGAGUAGUCAACUGGCUAUGGGUUGUAACAUAUCUCAGCUACGUCAAGUUGUUCAUCACCUUUAUCAAGUACGUGCCCCAAGCCUUUAUGAACUAUAAGAAGAAGAGCACCGAUGGUUGGAGCAUCGGCAAUGUGCUACUGGACUUCUCCGGUGGUAUCCUAUCACUGUUACAGAUGUUAUUAGAUGCUGUCAAUGCAGACAACUGGAAGGUAUUCAUUGGUGACCCGGUCAAGUUUGGCCUGUCAAUAUUUAGCAUUGCAUUUGAUAUUGUAUUCAUGAUUCAGCACUAUUGCUUGUACAAAGACGCUCAUGGUGAUGAGGAUGGUUAUCGUCAGAUACAGACACCUCCACAACAGGACGAGAUAUCAAGACCAUUGACAGAGGAUGUAGAUGUAGAUGAAGCAGACGAGAUUGGCGGAUGA